CUGGCGUCGCCGAAAUCCAUAUCCUGGACCAUUUGGAAACUGGCCUUCGUGGCGUUGUAAAUCAACCCCAAUGCGAACAUGACGGUGCUUCCUCUCUGCCCCUAUCGAAACAAAACCGACGAGACGACGGUAAAAUCGAAUAAUCACAGGUGUUUCCCGUCUCCCUCCGUUAAUUAAUCCUAAUCUACCAGGCACUUGUACGUCGGCAUUCGAAAUCUAACGCUUAAAAAAUAGGUAACACACACACUCACACGCACCGACCCGUCGCGAAAUUACCAACGAAAAUCGACUAUCUUAAUGAGCCGCUUUACAUAUUUACAUAUUCGUUCGAAUCGCCAUUGUCGAACGAACAAACCGACCGCAAUGCCACAAUGCACAUUGCAAAUAUGCCUCCUCGGUGGACACGUUUUCUCGGAACUACCACGACCACGGAAGAUUACUUGUCAAACAGUUUCGACGUUCUAUCUUUCAACCCCUCCGAGCCCGCGCCGUUGCCGCUUCUCCUACACUGACAAUCUCCCUACCUACCCCGAUGCAACACUUACAGAACACAACAAUUAACCAAGAGCACUGGUGCAUUUAACUCUACUUUUUCUGCUUAUAACUAAGUUGUUGUGGAAGAAACUGGCACGAAUUUUGUAUUCUUAAAAGUAUUAGGUGGGGUAAGUAGGAGUUAUGGGGAGAAACUGCACAACUUGGCAACAGUACGGGAAGAUAUCCCUGCGUUGGAAAAGGACGGCUGGAGGAAUCAUCCAAUAACCGAGAGCUCUGCGAUUGGUUGGAUCGCAUGGGGUGUCUUUUCCUUUGGAGGAAAUAUUACCGUACGUUUUAUUAGUUCAAUUGUAGUUUACUUAACUAUUUCUAAACAGCUUUAACUUUAACCCCUAUUGAUUAGAGCGCAUCCGUAACGUGCCCUCGACUUUAACAGGAUUAUUGUGGCCCUUAUUAGCGCAUUUAUUGAACCAAUAGCUGUUUGUUAAAACGUACAGGAAACGGGGACGAAAAUAGAAUAAUACUGUACAGGGUGUCUCAAAAAAACCGGCGAAGUUCCAGAUAUUUGCUGUCCCAGGAGGUCUUAAAAACUAAAAUAUUAAAAUUGUAUCGUUUUGCUGGCUUACAUUUUAUACAAAAUAACGCGUGAAAUAAAUUAACAUUUUAAUGGGAAACCCAAAAUAAGUACUUACAUAAUUAGUGGAACUUAAAAUAGUUUUGAUUAAAUAAUAAAUGUACAAUAUACCUGUCGUACUGUUGAAGCGCUAUUUCCAGCGAACUUACUGAUAAUAGAAUUCGAAAGGCAUUGGAAAUUUCAUCAAAAAUAUCGAACCAUCCCAAGAAUGCCAGCGAUUUGUAUAAAUACACGUAAUAGGUGCACUUAUUUAGCAGAUACUCGAUAUUAAAUCGCAUUCUAAAGCAUUAGUAAAGAGCAAAGAAUUGGCAAAAACAGAAAUGAAAAAAACAGCAUUUAGAUCUUAACGAAAUUCGAAAGAUUAGCGAGUGGGCGGAAUCGAAAAAUUCCCCGCAACUAAUCGUUCGUAAAACAUUACAAAUGCAAUCAAUUCCACCAUACGCCGUAAAAUAAACUUAAUUGCAGAUAAUGGACUUUGUUUUACACAAAAAUUCGAUCACCCUUCGCAUUUACACUAGGUAAAUCGACGAUGUUUGAUAAUGAGAUAGUGGAAGCUCAGUGGCGAGUAAAAGAAGGAAUUUUCCUGUAAAAAAAGCUUCCAGUUUUAUGCACUAAUAUGCCUGUAAUAAAUUAUAUAUAGCCCUUUAUUUUCGCGCUUCCUUAAUGGCGCAACAGGUGACAACAAACGGGACAUCAAAAUGACGCCGCGACGCCCUACGCGUCGCAUUUACCUGUCCCGUUAUCUCGCGACGGCGUUUUCUACGUGCGCUCAUGAUUGUUCAAUAUGGCUCUUUGUUGUCCCAGUCGAAAUUAAUACAAGAUACUUCAAUUAAACGAUCCCUCAUUAUGUAAAUAUAAUUAAACUGGGCCGGAUUUUCGUAUAAAAGGGAAACGCCGGGUAAACGAGGAGAUCAGUGUGAUUUCGCUUUGAUUCAAUUACAAUACCUGAAGCAUCGCGAUUAGAAGAUAAACCUCUAGUACCAAACAUCGCCCGAAAUGAACCUCCUGCUGCUGACGAUGCUGAUAGCGAUCGCCCUGAAUUCGGUGCUGACAGUGCCGUACGGGUUCGUCGGGGUGCGGGGUAAAAAAUCGCUGACGGACGCCGCUGGUGCGGGAGUUUACGACGCCGGGGAUGCACAGAAGUACGAUUACGAUUCGGAGGAGGACAGAUUGUGGAAUUACAUAAUGCAGUUGGAGGCGAGCCAGAAGCAGAACUACCGGCCGGUACGACCGUGGGACCAUCAGGAUGUCUUGUACGAGAAGAAACUGCCGCUAGGGUUCAGUGCUGGCAGAGGGAAGAGGAGCGCCGUUCGAUCGGAUCGUUGAUUUUGAUUUGGAUUGGGUAGUCAAUUAAAGUUAGUUUCAAUA